AUGGCCAAACGUGGGAAUAUAAGAAUUGCCAUUGAUCGCGGUGGAACGUUUACUGAUGUGGUUGCUAAUAGAGGAGUUGAAGAUUCAAAUGGCGAUAUAAUAAUCAAACUUCUUUCAGUGGAUCCAAAUAACUACUCCGAUGCCCCAUUGGAGGGCAUUAGAAGGGUACUUGAAAUAUAUGAAAAUAGAGAGAUCCCAAGAGGAAUUCCCUUGGACAUAUCUAAUGUUGCAAGUAUUAGAAUAGGCACUACAUUAGCUACCAAUUGUGCAUUAGAAAGAAAUGGUGAACGAUGUGCCUUCAUCACUACUAAGGGGUUUAAGGAUUCAUUGUUAAUAGGCGAUCAAACAAGACCAAAGAUCUUUAAUUUAAAAAUUGAAAAACCUGAGCCAUUGUACCAAAUUGUUGCUGAAAUUGACGAGAGAGUAACCCUCGAAGAUUUCUCUGAACAAUAUCCUUUCAAAAAAUCUAUAUCAUCAUCAAUAGAUAACACUUUCGAAGGAACCAGCGGUGAAAUUAUCAGAGUUCUCAAGAAACCGAAUGAACAAGAGGUCAAAGAGGUGUUGAAGAACAUUUUUGAUAGUGGUAUAAGAGCACUUGCUAUAGCAUUUCUGUAUUCUUAUACAUACCCAGCUCAUGAAAUUUUGGUGGGAAAAAUUGCUCAAGAAAUGGGAUUCAAACAUGUAUCUCUAUCCCAUCAAGUUUCUCCUAUGAUUAAAUUUUUACCAAGAGCACAUAGUGCUGUCGCUGAUGCAUAUCUUACUCCUGUAAUUAAAGACUACCUAGCGAGCAUUUCUAGAGGACUGGCUAAUUCCGAAAAUACCAGCAUCCAGUUCAUGCAGUCCGACGGUGGCUUGGUCGAUGGUGACCGAUUUACUGGACUCAAAUCAAUCCUGUCUGGUCCUGCAGGAGGUGUUGUAGGGUAUUCUAAAACGUGUUUUGAUGCCUGUAAUAAUAUCCCAUUGAUUGGAUUUGAUAUGGGAGGUACUUCCACCGAUGUCAGUAGAUUUGGAAAUAACAAACUAGAUCACGUUUUUGAAACAAAAACUGCGGGAAUAAUUAUUCAAUCUCCACAACUAGACAUACACACAGUAGCUGCCGGUGGAAGCUCCAUUUUGAGUUGGGAGAAUGGUCUCUUCAAGGUGGGACCAGAUUCAGCAACUGCAGAGCCCGGCCCUGCAGCAUAUAGGAAAGGUGGUCCACUAACAAUUACUGAUGCAAAUCUAAUACUAGGUCGCUUGGUCCCAGAGUUCUUUCCCAAUAUAUUUGGACUCAACUGUGAUGAAUCCUUAGAUGUGGUUACAACUACUAACAAAUUCAACGAAUUAGCCAAGAAAAUCAACGAAGAUUCUUCUUUGAAUUUGUCAGUCGCAGAAAUUGCUCAUGGGUUCGUUAAAGUUGCAAAUGAGGCAAUGGCAAGGCCAAUAAGAGCUAUUACCGAGGCCAAAGGGCAUAUGGUCUCCCAACAUAGAUUGGUGGCCUUUGGUGGCGCUGGUGGUCAACAUGCUGUAUCUGUUGCAGAAUCUCUAGGCAUUGACACGGUUAUCAUCCAUAGAUAUUCUUCAGUAUUAUCUGCUUAUGGUAUAUUCCUGGCAAAUGUUGUUCAAGAGAAGCAGGAGCCAUGCUCCUUAAUCAUUAACGAUUUAGGCACAAUUUCACAAGUAAAAGCUAGAUUCGACGAAUUAUCUAGAUUGGCAAACAAUGAUCUUGUUGAACAAGGAUUUGCGUUAAAAGAUAUUAAUAUUGAAAAAUAUGUCAACUUAAGAUAUGAAGGUACAGAAACUCCAUUAAUGGUACUUCAGGAAGAGGAUGAUUGGAAUUUUGAAAAAAAAUUUUCUGAUAAUUAUAAAAGGGAGUUUGGGUUUUCCUUUCCUGAUAGAAAAAUUGUAGUAGAUGAUAUACGUGUAAGAGCUGCUGGAAAAUCAUCUGUGAAGGUUAAUGAAUCUGUGGAUUCGCAAUUGCAGAAACUAAAUGGAAAAUAUUCACUGUCAGACCCGACAAAACAGGCCUCUUACAUCAAAGAUGUAUUUUUUGAGGACAGAUUCAUGAAAACACCUAUUUAUAGGAUAGAGGAUAUGCCUGUUGGGUCAAAAGUUAGCGGACCCGCAAUUUUGGCAGACGGUACGCAAACUAAUGUGAUCCCGCCAAAUGCGGAAGCUAUUGUCUUGGAAUCUCACAUAUAUGUGAAAAUCAUUAGGAAGACUGAUGUAAAAGAGACUACUCAAGGGGAUAUAAUUGACCCCAUCUUAUUAUCGAUUUUUAGCCACCGUUUCAUGGACAUUGCUGAGCAAAUGGGUAAUCAACUCAGAAAGACGUCAGUUUCUACUAAUGUGAAAGAAAGACUUGAUUUUUCAUGUGCACUUUUUGACCCGUUAGGUAACCUAGUUGCUAACGCACCUCAUGUACCUGUACAUCUGGGAUCAAUGUCAACUUGCAUAGCAGCUCAAGCCAAGUUGUGGGAAAACAAAUUAAAACCUGGGGACGUUCUUAUUACAAAUCACCCAGAUAUAGGGGGAACCCAUCUUCCUGAUAUUACUGUAAUUUCUCCGGCUUUCUCUGAGACUGACGAAUUGCUCUUCUAUGUGGCGUCAAGAGCACAUCAUGCCGAUAUUGGUGGAAUUUUACCUGGCUCCAUCCCGCCUAACUCUAAAGAAUUAUAUGAAGAAGGUGCUGCAAUUUACUCAGAGCUCCUAGUUCAGAAGGGUAUUUUUCAGGAAGAUUUGGUUUAUAGAUUACUGAUAGAGGAGCCUUCUAAAUAUCCUGGAUGCUCUGGCGCAAGAAGAAUUCAUGACAAUAUGAGCGAUCUUAGAGCUCAGGUUGCAGCUAAUACAAAAGGUAUUCAAAUUAUCGAAGCCCUGGUCAAAGAAUACACCUAUCCAAUAAUACUAAAAUAUAUGAAUGCAAUUCAAUUGAAUGCUUCAGAGACGAUAAAGGUAAUGCUAAACAAACUGGUCGAGUAUUGCGGAAUGUCAGAAUUUUUUGGCCAAGAUUCUAUGGAUGAUGGAUCAAUAAUCAAAUUAAAAGUGAGGUUCAACGUUUUAACAGACGAAUAUAUUUUUGAUUUCACAGGAACAACACAUCAAGUAUAUGCGAAUAUUAAUGCCCCUAAAGCAAUAACUUAUUCUGCAAUUUUGUACUGCUUGAGAUGUUUGGUAGGAGAGGAUAUUCCUCUAAAUCAAGGUUGCCUAGAUCCUAUAACUGUUGUAAUACCUGAAGGUUCGAUUUUGAGCCCAAAUUCAAGUGCUGCUGUCGUAGGAGGCAACGUUUUAACGUCGCAAAGGGUGACUGAUGUGAUAUUUAAAACUUUAAAUAUUAUGGCCGAUUCUCAAGGUGAUUGCAAUAAUCUAACUUUUGGUACAAGUAGUAGUAAAACUGGACAUGGAAGUGAAGUUUCGCAGGGUUUUGGAUAUUAUGAAACAAUUUGUGGAGGUUCUGGUGCAGGGAGUAAUUCAUGGAGAGGAGAUGGGUGGCAUGGAAGUGAUGCUGUGCAUACUAAUAUGACAAAUACAAGAAUGACAGAUACUGAAGUUUUUGAAAGAAGGUAUCCUGUGAUCCUUAGAGAAUUUUCUGUAAGGAGAGGUUCUGGGGGCAAGGGUAUUUAUAACGGUGGACAAGGCGUAAUAAGAGAUAUCGAAUUCAGAAUCCCAGUAUCAGUUUCAAUACUCUCUGAAAGACGUGUUAUUGCGCCUCAUGGGCUACACAAAGGUGCUGAUGGCCAGAAGGGUGAAAAUUUAUGGAUAAAAAAAGACACAGGCACCAUCAUAAAUAUUGGAGGCAAGAAUACUUUCCAAGCUCAGUCAGGCGAUAGGAUAAUUAUAAAAACACCCGGUGGUGGAGGAUGUGGCUCAGCCAUUUAA